AUGUCUCUCUUUACACUCUUCUUUGCUUGCUUUGUUCCAAACUCAAGUUCACGAGUUAACACAACCGACACUAACUUGGAAGUCUUGUCAUUGAAAAGACAUAAAAGCAAAUCCGAGUCUCUAAGAAGUCCUUCUCCUAUAAUCAUCGUCUCUUAUUUUCCAUCAAGCUCCACUCUUUCUCGUCUGUAGUUAGAUUUGUUUAAGUUUGAGGAAGACAUUGACACGACCAAAAAAGGAUACUAUUGAUGCAGUCUAAUUUUAUUUAUGUCCCUUUUGUUCUCGUUUGAUUU